AUGGCAGAAAGAUUUGCAAGCGAGAAGAAUCAGAUGUUUCCAGUUAUUUCGAGAGAAACAACACAUGGCAAGGCAUCUAACAUCAGAGCCAGGCCAACACAGAAAAAUACGUCUUCGGGGAUCAAACUCCCACCAUGUCCUAAUAAUCGGAUCCCAAUGCUUACCACAAAACCCUCGGAAAAGGUGGAUUUCAUUAGAGCACCCCCAGCAGAACAAUUUGUGAGCGUUCCUUCUGGAGUGAAAUUUCCAGUGAGUCCUAAACAACCUGUCCAGUUCUGUACCACCAAGCUCUCGGAAAAGCUUUAUAAGCCAAGUCCAUCAUUUGACCUUGAGGAUCCAUAUUGUCGCUUGAUGAGGACAACCUACAAUAACCUGCAUGACCCCUGCUUAAAAGAAUAUUACCAGAGUAAAAUCCCUCGACAACGGAUACGUCAGCAGGGAUUUAUCACCAGCGAUGAUAAGAAGUUAGAGAAACAAGAUAGAGAAAAUUCGUCUUCGACCAAUGAUAAUCCCAAGUUUGAAGAAAGGAAAAGCUAG